CAACAAACAGCGCCUCUCUUUCUCUUUCUCUCUUUCUCUGCAAGAACAAACCAGGUUCCUAUUUUUCCUUCAUUCUGUUUCAUUUUCACCACGCCAAAGUCCAAAAUCACUUCAUUUCUCUGUUUUCAUCUCUACCCAUUUGUUUCUCACAACAAAUUCCGAAUCCAAAAUGGAACUAUCAAGCACCACUGACCAACCAUUAUCAACUCCUUCAAAGAAACCCUCAAAAAACACCGAAAAUCUGAACCCUAACGUGCCUCAUCACCACCAUAGCCCUUUCAAAAGCCCCAAUUCAAAGUCCCCUGCUUUGAGACCCUCCAAGUCCAAUAAUAGCAACCCAGUUGCGCGAUCGCCGCAAAACAGGAUCCGGCAGAGGAAGUUCGUGGUGGCCAAGAAGAAGAAUCAAAAGGGUUCCCAAAACGACGCUGUUUUGUGCAAGUGCAUGCACAACGGCGGCGCCAAGUGCGUUUGCGUGGCGUAUCAAAAGAGAAGAAUAGAAGAACAGAAACGCAGGCCCACACCUUACAUACAAGGUCUUCCAUGGACAACAGAUGAACCAGAGUGCUUGUUGAAACCUUCAGUUAAAGAAAGCACAAGGCCUAUUGACCUAAAGCUUCAUAGUGAUAUUCGAGCAAUUGAUCGCGCUGAAUUUGACCAACAGGUAGCAGAAAAAAUGAACUUUAUAGAACAACUCAAAUUGGAAAGGGAAAGACAACAGAAGUUGGAAGAAGAGGAAGAGAUCAAAAGGUUGAGGAAGGAACUCAUUCCAAAAGCUCAACCAAUGCCUUAUUUUGAUAGACCUUUUGUCCCAAGGAGGUCAAUGAAGCAUCCAACUAUACCUAGAGAACCCAAGUUUCACAUGCCCCAACAUAAGAAGGUUAAGUGCUUGUUAUCAUGGAAUGACAUGGACCCCUACUCCUCCUAUCUCAACUAAGCUUCCAAGGGUCAUUUGAUGAUAUAAAGUGAAUGAAUGUUCUUUCAUUUUCCCAUCAUUCUCUCCACUCAAUGUUCAAUUUUGUACAUGGGCAACUCAAUAUAUAGUUGCAAAUUCUUUUAUGGCAAGUAUAUUAUAGUGCAAUGAUCUUUGUACCAUGACUCAUGGCAUCGUAGUUGGAUAGAUGGUAGCUUCUUUUUAUCGAAAUGAAAUGAAUUUACAUUUUUUUUUUGUGUGUGUGAGGAUAUGUCAUUUAUUCAAUGAGUUUAAUAGUUGU